AUGGCGCAAGAACAGAUCUUCUGGAAGUACUUCUUUCUUAUGCUGAAAGAUUGGUGGUUCGGGCCCACCAGCAGCAAGGCCACCAUCGACGCCCCGAAAUGUCCUGACUUCCCGCAUGACUCGACCAGCUUUUCCGGUGCUGCGCUUUUCGACGCCAACUCAUGGACAGAGGAGGUUGUGGUCCUUCUUCAACAACAUGACCAUCAUUAUAAAUUUAGAAAUAGCCAUCGAGCUUCUUCCGACGAGUUUAGCGUCGUCCACACCUGUCUGUUGCAGCCAAUCGAGCAAGCCAUCUUCAACCCGGUUUGCCCGGUCAUACAGACCCAACAACAUGUUCAAGUCCAGACGGAGUUUCUGGCAACGGCAGAGCAGACGUCGACGGACCUCGUCGUCUGGCACGGUCGGCCAGAGUGCAGCCAGCCGGAGUACGGUCAGCCGGAGUACGGCUCGAGCGAUGCUCGCCAUCCCAGUCCUCUGUUCGCCACCCCGUUCGUCUCUUUCUUGGUGCUCUUGUUCCUCACCUACUUGUGCUUCACCUGCUUCGCCUGCUGUGUGUCGUGCUUGGCCCGGCCUCGGGUAAACAAGCAAAAGCGAGCGCUGGAGGAGGCCAUCAUUCAACAACAAGCCGAGGUCUUGAGGUCGCAGGAGGAACUCAUCAACAAACAGACCGACCUGGCCCGUGCCAGCGAGGAGGCCAUCAAGAGUGAGACGGACGCGAUCAGCCAAUGCAACUGCUUGGUCGAUACUCUGACCAAGAAGCUCGAUGAACAGCAGCGGUCGCUAGACGGCUAUGCCGUCAAGGUCGAUGACCUGGAAAAGACCGGCAAGGGACAGCAGGCUGGUUUGGACGCGUACGCCAAAGUAGUGGCCGAUAAGGAAGCGACCAUCACUGACCUGAAGGCCGUCUGUGAGAAAGCCAAGUUGACCCACCAAGCCAGCAAGGACCGGAUCCUACGGGAUCAAGACCGCCUCAAGCUCCUUGGAGAGUCGGUGAAAACCCGAGACAAGAAAAUCCAUGAGCAGGAGAAAGCUUUAGAGACGGCAAAGUCGGCGGCCGAGUCCAAAGACAAGAAACUCCACGAGCAGGAGGUGGCUCUGGAGACGGCCAAGUCGGCAGCCUGCUCUAAAGAUGACAAGAUCAGAGAGCAACAGAGAGCUCUCGCCACCAUGAACUCGGUGGUCAAGUCUCGGGACGGGAAGGUCAAGGAGCAGGAGCAAGCUCUUGCGGAGGCCAAGUCGGCGGUCGGGUCUAAAGAAAACCAAAUCCGAGAGCUGAAGAAGGCUCUGGAGAUGGCUAGGUCGGCGACCGGAUCUAAAGACAAGAAAGUCCAAGAGCUGGAGAAGGCUCUAGAGACGGCUAGGUCGGCGGUUGGGUCUAAAGGCAAGAAAGUCCAAGAGCUAGAGAAGGCUCUAGAGAGGGCUAGGUCAGCGGUCGGAUCUAAAGUCCAAGAGCUAGAGAAGGCUCUGGAGACAGCCAAGUCGGCGGCCCAGUCUAAAGUCCAAGAGUUAGAGAAGGCUCUAGAGACAGCAAAGUCGGCGGCCCGGUCUAAAGACGACCAGCUCACAGAGCAACAGGAAGCUCUGGCCACCUUGAACUCGGUGGUCAAGUCUCGGGACAGCAAGGUCAAUGAGCAGGAGCAAGCUCUGGCGGCCCUGCAAGCAUCGGCCACGGCCAAAGAUGCGACCAUCACCGAGCAAAAGAAUGCUCUCGGGGCCCUGACCUUGACCGUGGAGUCGAAGGAUGGCGAAAUCCACGAGCAGAAGAUUGCUCUCGCCGGCUUGGAGGGAUAUGUCAAGGACACGGAGGACACGGUUGCCCAACAGCGGUGCAAGAUUGAGGAGCUGGAGCGACAGGUCAAGCUCGCCGAAGAGGGCCAGCGAAUGGAGGAGGCCAAGCGGCAGAAGGCCGAGGAGGACCAGAAGGACUCGCAGCACGAGCUGGACCGAGUCAAGCAGGAGCUCAAGGUACGAGAGGAGCGUGUGCCCAUCGUUGGCGCCGACCGGCCCGACCUCGACCCCUAUCCCCGGCCUCCUUCUCGUCCUCAUCUGCAGCUGCUGACGACCUUCACUGAACAGGACCGAGCCUUUACCGCCAAUGGCGCCGACGAAGAAUCCAGUCCGAGCUUUGCUCAGACUCGCGUCGAGUCGGCCCGGCCGAUGGCCCCAGUGCCGGCUCAGGCUCAGGCUCUCGCUCCUGCUCCGGUCUGCAGCACCUUUAUCGAAGAACUCGAUUCCUCCUUCUGCAACACCGCGGCCGAUCUCGACACUUCGCCGACAGCUCCAGGUGUCAAAGUCAACUUGCUGGGUUCGCCAGCCCCAGCCCCAGUCCCGGCGUCAGCUCCGGUGUCAACUCCGGUUUCCGCCGUUGUUGUUGCUAGUGCAGAUACGGGUGCGGGUACGGGUGCGUCAGGGCCGAUGGCCAAAGACCGUGACCACAUCUUUGGCGAGCCGAAAGUCAAGCACCAAGGCCACGGUCCUGGGGACUUGAUGAAGAGCAAGUACGCCACACCAGUGGUGAGUGCUGUUGCCUCUCCUGCUGGGGACCUGAUAAAGAGCAAAUACACCACACCAGUGGUGAAUACGGUUUCCACCGUUGUUGGGGGUGGUGCAGGUACGGGUGCGUCUGGGCCGAUGGCCAAAGAUCGCGACCACAUCUUCAGCGAGCCAAAAGUCAAGCAUCAAGGCCACGGUCCGGGGGACCUGAUGAAGAGCAAGUAUGCCACACCAGUGGUGAAUACUCCUACCCCUCCUGCCAGGGCCAGUCGUGCCGGUGGGCCUACUCCUGCUCCUACUCCAUCCCCUGCUCCGGCUUCUGGGUCUCCUUUCAGCUCUUCUCGUCUUCCUACACCGACCGGGUCGGUGAGCCAGAGCGAGAGAAGCCACAUUUUCACUGUGGCCAAAGUCAAGAACCAAGGCCACCCUCCGGGCGAUUUGCUCAAUAGCAAAUACGCCACAGUGGCACCUGGCCCAACAUCGGCACCAACUACCCCUGCUGGUCCUCGCACUGCUGUUCUCAAUCGGUCUGGCUCCCGUAGCUCUCCACGCGUGCCGGGAGCACCGACGCGACCCAUGACGAAGAUGGAGCGGGUCAUUGCCUGGCAGACGGCUGCUCGGGGUUUGCCUGAGAACACACCAAAUCGGCCUAAGACGCCGGUGGAGCGGGCUGAGUCGAAGCGAGGAUCACCUUCCUGA